AUGGACUACAAAUACGGAGGAGGAGGAGAGUACUGCAGGAGGGGACACGUGCCGGCGUUUGGAGGCUGGGACUGGAACGACGCCGUACCAUUCACUCAGUGCUUCGAGACAGCAACUACUCAUCAUCAGCAGCCUGCUUAUCUCCACUACGCUCCUUACCCUCAAGAUCGUGAUCUUUACGACAACCACCACCUUGUCGCCCCCGCCGUGAUCCUCCUCCCUCGACGCCGGGCUAAGGUGGGCCAGGAGCCGAAGAGCAACAGCUCCAAGGGGAAACAUAACUUCAAGACGGAUGCGCGUGAGACUAACGCGCCGAGGAGCUGUCCAACACCGGUUGUGAAGCGGAGGACGACGAAGCCGAAGCCUGUGGAUGAAGACUUGUACAAGGUGUCCCCUCGACUUCUCUCCACAAAGAAAAGGGGAGGUGGGUUUGGGUGCAUUUCAAGAUGUUUUUUGCCAACACGGGUGCUUUGA